GCCAAAGAUGCCUGUGAUCGAGCAGAAGCUGCUCAUAACCGUGCGCAGGAGGACUAUAAACGAGCCAAAGAAGUUCUCGACAAGGCUGAAGCGGCUCACAAAAAGGCCAAGCAGACUCAAGAGGCCGCGGUUGUGGAAUGGAGGCGAUGGUACCAGAUGCGAAAGGAGAAGGAAAAGGAAUGGGGGGAUAUCGUAGAGAAGUGCAAAGCGACCGAGAUACACCAACCGGAAAGUCUUUCUACUGACCAACUCAAACAGUUUGCGACAAAUGUACAAGGAUACGAGCUCCUUGCGUCUGGAAUCGGGCGGCUCCAUCAGGAACGGAAGGAGGAAUGGCUAGCAUCCGGACAAGCGCAGGAAGCCACUGCGAGCCAAAGAGAGCGAAAGAGGAAGCGAAGCGAGAGCUCAGAUUAUUAA